CAGACCGUCUGCUACAGUUUGAGCAUGGCCGACCACAAACAACUUCCUGAACUCCUGAAGAGUCCAGCCGUUCAGCUUCCUUCCAAGUCAGAGUUAACACAAAUAUCGGAUGAUCUCCGCCUGAAGUGUAGUGAAGCAGAGAUUGAUGCCUUCCACGAGCACUUCAAAGGUACUCUAAAAGCUUACCAGAGGGUCAAUGAAAUCGCAGAACCACAACUUCCGGUCAAGUACCCAAGGACACCAGGUCACAAAGAAACAAAGGAUAGUUCCUGGUACUGGCGAUGUGACAUCAAGGGGGUCGACACUGGGAAGUUAGCUGGUAAAACUAUUGGAAUCAAAGACAAUGUGGCCGUCGCAGGUGUGCCCAUGAUGAAUGGCAACAAACACCUUGAGGGAUACACCCCAGAGUUUGACGCAACAGUUAUCACAAGGAUCCUUGAUGCCGGUGGGCGUAUUUUGGGCAAGACGACAUGCGAAGACCUUUGUCUUUCGGGUAGCUCCUGGACUGCUUCUACCGGACCUGUCCCUAACCCCUACUGUGCAACAAGGAGUGCCGGAGGAUCUAGUUCCGGUUCCGCCUCUCUGGUAGCGCGAAGAGAAAUCGAUAUGGCCAUUGGUGGUGACCAGGGCGGCUCUAUCCGAAUACCGUCCAGCUGGUGUGGCACGGUUGGACAUAAGCCGACAUUCGGGUUAGUUCCGUACACAGGGGCUGUUCCUAUAGAGAUGACAGUAGACCAUUUGGGACCGAUAACGCGUACAGUGGAAGACUGUGCCCUCUUCCUAGAGGUGUUGGCUGGGUAUGAUAACGGAACAGACCCGCGACAACAUCCGGGCAUUGUAGUCCCUCCUUACUCCAGCCUGCUCUCGAAGGGUGUCUCUGGAAAAAGAGUUGGAAUUCUGAUCGAGGGGUUUGACGGAGUGGACGGAGACGUAUCAACUUGUGUCCGGGAGGCAGCAUACAGACUGCAAGAGGCAGGAGCAGUUGUAGAAGAAGUGUCCGUUCCAUUACAUGCUGACGGUCUUGAUAUCUGGACUCCUGUGUGUUUUGAGGGAGCCUACAAUAUGAUGAUACAAGGAAACGGAAAUGGACAGAACUGGAAGGGACAUUAUUGCCUGUCAAUGCAGGAAGCCCUAGCACGGGGUUACAACCUUCGCCCGCAGGACUUCAGCAUGCCUUGUAAACUCUUGGCCGUUUUCUCUGAGUAUAUGUCCAGGAACUACCAGAACAAAUUCUAUGCUAAAGCACAAAAUCUCACCCGUCUGCUGACCCAGGCAUACGACCAAGCUCUCCGGAAGUUCGACGUUCUGGUCAUGCCUACACUUCCUUUUACAGCAAGUGUACUUCCAACAUCCGAGACAUCUCUUUCAGAAACUAUCCGCCUCACGUUCGGAAUGAUAAAGAAUACCGCUCCAUUUGACUCUACCGGACAUCCAGCCCUAUCCAUAAAUGCAGGACGUAUAGAUGGACUUCCGGUCGGGAUGAUGUUUGUGGGUCGCCACUUCGAUGACGUAACAGUCCUGCAAAUGGCGUAUGCCUUUGAGCAAAUAAGGGACAAAAGUGCCUAGAACGUGAAAUACAUGAACUGUAAUAGUUUUACCUAUUUUAUCGGGCACUUUGUUAUCUCGACAUAUACGUGUAUACAGACCGUUCGCACUUACACAAUAUGACUUUGUGUGUAUAGUAAGUAGAUUAGUAUAAAUCUAUUCUUUUUGUAAUAACGGAUAUUAAUUACGACCUAUUCAAUAAUAGGUAUAUUUAACUUUGGUGUCCUUAUUCAUAUUGUAUAUACAGGUACCCUCCAUUGUCAACAUAUUCAUUCAGUCUCUAAAAUAACAUAUUUUUGAUAUUUUACUAUUUCACACCAGCUUUUUAAACUAUUAAAUGGAGACAAUAAAAUAAUAUUCUGAUAUCCCUUUAAAGCAUUCAGCUGUGACUAUAUACGUUAGAUUUGCACAGAGAAAUGGAAUUAGCAGGUUGUUUAUUAAUGAAAAUAUCAUUUUUAUAUAACGAUAUUGCUUUGAAUCGAAAUGGCAUAACAUAUCAGUGGACAAAGUAUGUCGUUAACAUUCAGAUUUCAGCAUUGGUCUUCAAAUUAAGAUAAAAAAGAACAUUGUUACAGUA